AUUGUUUUUUAAUAUGCUUCAACAUUUCUUUGGACUUGUUUAUCUCUCGGCAGUUUCACAGCUUGUGAGUUUCACAGGUACACAUGCUGAUGAAUGUCCUCUUCAGCUCAACCCAGAGAGAGUUAUUGUGGAGUUCGGCGGUCCUGUUUCAGCCGACUGCAGCACUUCUGUCCAGCAUAAAGGAAUGGGAUGGGAAGCCAGUGAGGGAGCAGUGGGCAUGAGCAAAGACAGUCUGAUCACAUGGAGAGUGUCAAACCUGACAGAAUGGGACAUACAGCCAGUCUGCUACAUAAACCAUAAGGGACAGUGUGAAAUUACUCUCCCAGUGACUAUUUACAAGACUCCAGACAGUGUGUCCAUCAGCACUGUGAAUCACACCGGACCAAUGAUGGAGGGAAACCAGUAUGAGCUCCAGUGUGACGUUCUCAAUGUGGCUCCUGUUCAGACUCUCACUGUCAACUGGUACAAAGGACAGACUCUGGUGGAUCAAACCAUCUUCACUGACACCAUCAAGACUCCAGUCAGUAAAACAUCUAAACUCCUGAUCCGUCCAGACAGAGCUGAUGAUGGAGCUCAGUACUGGUGUGAAGCAAAGCUGGAACUGGGAGAAGAAGGACCUCGACCUUCUCCAACAGCCCCGUCAAAACAUCUUAACAUUACUGUAUAUUCUGGACCGAUCAUCAAUGAGACCAAACUGCCCUCCAUAGUGCCUGUGUUUCAAGGAUAUCCAGUGGUGAUUGUUUGUGAAGCUGAGGGAAACCCAAAACCAACAAUCAGCUGGAAUCUCAGCACAACUGAUAUAGUUUAUAGUGAAACUCUUACUAUAACAGAAUCAACAUCUGAGGAUCUGCACUGCAUUGCGAGCAAUUCAGUUGGCAGCACCAUCAGACGUGUAAAAGUGUCCAAACAAGGCAAAUCUCUAAACUACAUUUAUAGUUUUGCAGCGGCCGUUGCACUGCUUCUUAUAAUCAUCGCAUUACUUAUCUAUGUGUGGAAAAAGAAACAAUCAACUGGAAGUUAUCGCAGUCAGUAAAGCAGUAUG